ACCCCUGGUGGUGGCGAGAGGUCGGGUGCAGCUGGGUGUGCGUGGGUGGCUCGCGCAGGGCGGGGGGAGGAAGCUGGCUUCCUGAAGCCUCCUCAGCCUCAAAGACAGACCGACAGCCAGACCGACAGACGGCCAGCCAGACAGACCGACAGCUGGCGAGAGGCAGCCCCGGGGGUGCAGCCGCUUCGGACACCACUUCUGGGGCAUAGAAGACCCCGAGUGAGAACAGGGGUCAGAGGGCCGGCCAGAGGCCACGCGAGGGCUGGUCUCUCAGGAGAGCCCCGUGGCCGACCGAGCGCCCCUGGGCCCAGCAUGGUCCAGGCCCCUGGGGCCGUCCCAGAGCACAGCUGCCCGCCUGGCCCCUGGGGCAGCCAUGACCCAGCUCCCACCCCGAGCGCCAGCCAAGAAGCACGUGCGGCUGCAGGAGAGGCGGGGCUCCAGCGUUGCCCUCGUGCUGGACGUGCAGUCGCUGGGCGCCGUGGAGCCCAUCUGCUCGGUGAACACACCCCGGGAGGUCACCCUGCACUUCCUGCGCACGGCGGGGCGCCCCCUCACCCGCUGGGCCCUGCAGCACCAGCCGCCCAGCCCCGAGCAGCUGGAAGAGGAGUUCAUGAAGAUCCCCUCAAACUUUGUCAGCCCCGAAGACCUGGAUAUUCCUGGCCACGCAUCCAAGGACCGGUACAAGACCAUCUUGCCAAAUCCCCAGAGCCGCGUCUGCCUUGGCCGGGCACAGGGCCAGCAGGAGGGUGACUACAUCAACGCAAACUACAUCCGAGGCUACAAC